GACACAAGUGGCUGAAAUGUUUUGCUUGCUUGCGUAUGUGAUGUGCUGAUGGGGAUUCAUGGCCAAAUUUUGAUUGGAGAAUCCUCACUGAAACACGCGCAUGUAUUCAGCCGCGUAGCCAUGGCCGGAGGAAUCGCCCCUUUCGUUCUGUUACGUGUGGGAGGACCCAAGGCUAGCUGUGUGUGGUUCCAAUGUUAGGUUCAGAAAAUUCAGGAAUUGUUUUGCUGAAUGUAAGGGCCAAAGCUGUGAUACUGAUGGCUAUGGAUGGAUGGAUGGAUGCUUUGGCAAAAGCAAGGCCAGGCGCCACUGCAUACCAGAACUACUGAGCCACAAUUUGUCUGCCAUUCAUUUGUAUCCCCGUUCAUUUGUCCAUUGCUUGUAUCCCCAUUCAUUUGUCCAUGGCUCCUCCUUCAUAUCACCUGACAUAAACAUCUUUCUGCCUGCAAAUUUAGGCCGUGGAAUAUGCAUGAUGAGCACCUCGUGGAGAGACAAGCAGGACCACCACCUUAUCAACUUCAUUGGUGCAUUCCUGGCCGCUAACUCGUAUCGCCUAAACUUCCUGCCGAUAUCUCCUGACUUCAUCUUCAACAAUGGGGGGCUAUCAGUUGCUUUCAUCUUUGAGACGAACUGGGACUGCGGGAAUGGAGCUGCUGUUUUUAGCAGGGUGAAUGCACUGAAGAGGCAGUACAAAAAUCUCUACGUCAUUGUUGCCGUCCCCACGGUGGAGCAAAUCGAAUCGUUUAAUCAGUCUUAUUUCAAGUAUGGCAUGGAGCUUGGCUGCCCUACAUUUGUGCCUGUUAACGAUUCAGAGAUGGGAUUUGAGAUGAUGCUCAAGAUUGCUCAUGCCCGUGGAGUAUGCAAGCAGCAGGACAUUAGCUCAACAAUGAGGAAUGAGCGGGAGCAAGCAGUUCAGUCCAUGGAUGCCUAUAUACGAGUGGUCACCUCUAUUCCUGGUAUUGAUGACCACGAUGCUAAUAUGCUUGCCCAAGCUAUUGGCUCUAUUGAAGCAAUCGCAAAAGCAUCCAAGACUUCUAUUCUAGAAAACACUGACCUCUCCACGGAUAAGGCAGAGACAAUUGUCAGGUUCUUCAGGGAUCCGCAGUUCUACUUAAGCCCUAAAAUCAACUAAUUUUUGCAGUUGUGCAGAUACUGAGACUAUCCUGAGAACUAUCAAGCUCUGGGCAAUCUUGUCCCCGGAGGAAAACAAGGUGAAGCUGGACCGAUUUGUGGAGGCACUAACAAAAUUCUCACAGAAGCCCCCGUUGCCCAUGAACUGCUCCUCUUAGUGAGAUGAUGUAUGAACUACUUGGGAUUUCAUUUGAUAAUGAAGCCGGGGAGAACCUCCCUGUUUUUCUAAAGAAAAACUAAAAUUGAAGCCUUCGGUUGUAAACCUGGCUGCUGGUUCUUAACCUCUCUGUUAUAUGAGAACAAAUUUCAGACGCUCCCACUUUUACCCACUGGGAAGUAAGAGGAGAACUUCAUCCUAGCCGUACCAAGGAGAAAUAUUUUGAGAGAUUUAAUGUCAUUGCCUUCCGAAAAUAGAAGUUUCCGCCUGCACUAUGUAUGGUUGGUGUAUUGUGCGUAUAUUUUCCAGAUAUGAUUAUUUUUUCUUUUAUUAGGUUUGUACAA